UUUUACAUAAGGCUUAUACUUUGCCACAUACUAGUCAUUUAACGUAUCUUAUUUUUAUUCUCCUAAUACUGUCGGCUUUGGAAAGGAUCAAAACACAAAAGUGUAAAACUCAAAAGUAUUUUUAUGCCAAAAAUCAGGUGACAGAAAUAAAAACAGGUAGCUAGGAUGCUGAAACCAGCAGAGUAUGACUGAACCGUAUGCACUGAGGAGUGAGAGAUGACAGAGGACUACUUAUGAGGAGUAGCUGUGAGUGGGAGCAGAGUACAGCAGGGGAACAUAGGAGGAUCUAUAAAUGAAAAUAUUUUAAAGAAGAAAGAAACCGAAAAGGGAAAGAAGAAUAACUAGAAAAAAAACUGACAACAAACGGAGUAGAAAAUUCAGUGGAAGGAAGAAAAAAGAAACGAAUACUAAAUGAGAAAACCUUAACAGCUGGGGAACCAAACAAAAGCAGAGCCAUUGGUUUUGAGCCACAAUGUCUGAUAUCAUUUAUUUACACGAUGAAUUUUAAACUUUUAAGUAUAAAAAUGCCACAUUUAAUGUAUUUUACUUUGUCUUGGUAUCAACAGAUAUAUAACUGUACUUUUAUGCUGAUUAUUUUAUUACAGAUGGAAAAAGAGGGUCGUAGUAAGGUGUGGGCCUACUUCACUAAAGAGCCAUCCGGUGAUGUCAUCUGCAGCAUCUGCUCUUCUUCAGUAGGCCAGGGGUCAGAAAAAAGCAAGUCAAAAAACACAACUAACUUGUGGCACCAUCUUAAAAAGAAGCACAAAGAUGAUUACGAAGUUGCACAAAGUCAAGCAAAGAAAGGGACAGGAACUCAAAUGACUCUUCCACAAGUUGUUGAACGAACAGCAAAAUGGGGCCCAAAUGACCAAAAAGUCAGAGAGAUAGAUAAGCUCAUAAUGGAAAUGAUUGCCACAGCCCUAUUCUGUUGUGGAGGGAGUGGGAUUUAAACGACUGGUUGCAAAACUGGAACAAAGAUAUUCACUGAAAAAUGAAAAAUAUUUUCACACAAAGUUGAUGGAAGAAACAUACCAAAAGGUUGUGAACAAAGUUAAACAGCUUCUUCAUACUGACAAUUCUGGACCCCUUGCCUUCACUACAGACUGCUGGUCUGGAGCUGGUGAAGCCCUCAUGAGUUUAACAGCUCACUUUAUUGACAAAAACUGGCAGAGAAUCCAGCUAGUGCUGAAUGUGAAGACAAUGUUUGGUUCUCACACAGGAGAAUAUAUAAGUGAAACUUUCCUUAACUUAUUAAAAGAGUGGGUGGGACAUUGACCAUGAGAGAGUGCACCUGGUACUGAGGGAUAGUGGAGCCAACAUGGUCAAAGGCACGAGGCUUGCUGAAAUGCCUGGACUGAGCUGGACUGCUCACACACUGCAACUGGUCAUAAAUGACGGCUUAAGUGCACAGCGAGCUGUAGGGGACAUGCUGGCAAAAUUUAAAAGAAUUGCCACUCAUUUCAAUCAUUCUACAGUCGCACAGCAGCGUCUCACCAGUAUUCAGAAGGAGAUGGGAGUUCCUGUUCACUAGAUUAAUCUGUCAGUACCAACAAGAUGGAACUCUGUGUUGCACAUGAUCGAGAGAAUGAUGGAGCAGAAGAGGGCCAUUACUGCCUAUUCCAGUGACCAUGGGCAUUUUCUGUGUCCAACACCAAAUGAGUGGGACUUGGCUGGAAAACUAGUGGAAACCCUCAAACCCUUGGAAGAGGUAACCCUUGAACUGAGCAAAGCAGACUCAUCUGCCUCCUGCAUUUUGCCUUCUAUAGGUGUUUUAAAGAGUGUUUUACAAGCAGAGGGACCACAUACAGCUGGCAUCCAGACAGCAAGAAAAGCUAUGCUCCAGAGUCUGGAAGAUAGAUUUAUCAACUUAAAUCAGACUAAAGAAGUGGUUCUUGCUUGCCUCCUGGAUCCCAGAUACAAGCACCGACCCCUCAAUCAAGAGACACUCAGUCAGGCUAAAAGUCGGCUACAAGAAGAAAUGCAGAGUCAAACAUCAGAAGAAACAAAACUGGCCACUAUAACAGAAGAGGAGAAAGACCCCAAAAGAAGGCGAGUUGGCACAGAAAGUAUUGUUGACUUCCUAUUUGAGAACAUGCUUGCAGCUUCUAUAAGUGAGGAAGAAGAGUCAGAUGAUGUUCUUGUGGAACUGGAAAGGUACAUGAGGGAGGCAGUCAUUGACAGAAAAAGAAGCUGCCCAUUAGAAUGGUGGCGAAAUAACAGCAGCCAUUUCAAGAGACUGGCAAAAUUUGCUCAGAAGUAUCUCCGCUGUCCACCUUCAUCAGUCCCAAGCGAAAGAGUUUUCAGCACAGUUGGGAACAUUUAUGAUGACAAAAGAAGGUCACUAAAAGGAGACAAUGCUGAAAAGUUGUGCUUUCUGCAUUACAACUUGCCCCUGUUGGACUGGACUUUUUAGAGAAUGGAACUGCUGCCAAGAGUCAAGACUAGGACUUUGUUUGGUUUGAUUUUGUUUUUGUCCAAGUUAUUGUGAAAUAACGUUCUACAUGAAGGACUUCAUAGUUAAAAAAACACGCAUAACAGCUGUAAUUAAAGUGCAAAGUGAGUGCACAAAUUAUUGUUUUGGAACUUUUUAAAAAUUUAUUCUUAUUUGUUAGUGCUAUUAUUUCCUGUCCAGGGUGAAUAAGUUCACAAAGUUAAGUUAACUUCCACAGACUCAGAAAACAAAAUCUUGAAUGUUAGAUUUUUACUGACUGAGUUUGUGUGUUCUGUUGUUUUUGAGAUUGCAAAAUAAAUCUCAUUUGCAUUA